AUGACGACCGAUACCCAGACUUCGCCUGCUGCCCAAGCCUUGAAGGUCAGCAACUCCACGGGGUCCCUCACUGAAGAGGGGCGUCGCGAGCUGCAGCAGCAGCGCAUGGCUGAAAACGCGACCUUUCGCCGUAUCACAUCAUCGAAGCAUGCCCAGAAUACCCUGCAGCCGGUCAACGACUUGACCAACAGCCUGAAGCCUUCAAGCUCCACAAAGUCGAACCUGCGUCUCUCCAUUGGCGACCCCACCGUUGAUGGCAACCUCAAGACCCCCGAGAUCGUGACGAGGGCGGUGAUGGAGGUGGUGAGCUCCGGUAAGUUCAACGGCUACCCCCCGACGAGCGGCACCAGCCACUUGCGCCAGGCGAUCUCGACGUACUGGCGCCGCUUCUGCCAAACCAAAUCUCGACAGGAGGAGUUGCAGUGGGAGAACGUAAUCGUCACAUCCGGUGUGUCGCAAGCCAUUUUACUCGCCCUCACGGCACUGUGUGAGGUGGGCGACAACAUCCUCGUCGGUGCGCCAGCGUUUUCUCACUACAAGAGCGUUUGCGAUAGCUACGGCUUCGAGUGCCGCUACUAUACUCUGGACCCCUCGAAGAACUGGGAGUGCGACCUCAACGAGGCGGCCGGCUUGGUGGAUGACCGCACUAAGGCAUUUGUUAUCAUCAACCCGUCCAAUCCAUGCGGCAGCAACUUCUCCCGUGCACACGUAAACGAGGUCAUCGAAUUUUGCGAGCACCGCCAAAUCCCUCUCAUCAGUGACGAGAUCUACGCUGAGAUGGUGCUGAACAACGGCAUCUUCACGUCUGUCGCCGACUUCGAUACGAACCUGCCGCGUCUCAUCCUGGGCGGCACGGCCAAGUACCAGGUCUGCCCCGGCUGGCGUGUGGGCUGGUCUAUUCUGGUUGACCCGAUGAACGUUGCGGCGGACUGGAAUCUCGGCAUGGAGCGCCUCGCGCAGCUCAUCUGUGGGGCCAACUCUAUCUGCCAGGAAGCCAUUGCGCGGACCUUGCUCGAAUGCCCGGCAUCCUACACCGCGGACAUCGUCUCCCAGCUGGAAGUUGGCGCCAAGGUCUACAACCGCCUGCUUGAGCACGACAUUGGCAUCUCCUUCGACCCCCCGCAAGCUUCCAUGUUCGUGAUGCUCAAGGUGGACCUCAGCUACUUUAAGGAUUUGAAUUCGGACACGGAAUUCUACGAGAAGCUGCUGGACGAGGAGAAUGUGCAGGUGCUUCCAGGCGAGAUCUUUGGUAUGAGCGGAUUCAUCCGUUCAACGAUAUCCCGCCCACCGGAAGUGUUAAGUGAGGCAGUCGACCGCAUCAUCGAGUUCUGCGAGCGCCACAAGAAGUAA